AACAGAUUCUGGAAAUAAACCCAAUAAACAGUGUUCCUUGAUUUCGAUGAAGAAGAAUAAAAUAAAAUAAAUUGGGAAUUUUAGAAACAGCUUAUUUCACCCUAAAUCACUGAUACUUUUAUGUGAUGAAAGGAAAUUAUUUUGAUGGGAUUUUAUGAAUCGUGUAAAUCAUGUAAAAAUUGAACAGUGAACAAGUGGAUUAUUUCAUUGAAAUUCUGUGCAAAAAGUGAAAUCAAAAUGGGGAAUGAAGCUAGUCAAAUCUCAGGUCAAGAAGGGUCUGUUGACGCUGAUGUGAGUCAUAAGCGUAGUCAAUCUCUGCAACGUGGUUUAACUUCCUAUAAUCCACAAAACUCCUCUGAUACAGCCAUUGCCUUGUCAUCAAGUUCACGUAAAAGUCAGUCACACACGUUUUUAUGUGAAAACUUUCCAACUGAUGAAAUCCGUGAGAAUAAACCCAGCCCGAAGCUAAUUGCUAAUACAUCAACAACUGGAUUAGCUUUACUUAAAACUGUCCAAAUGGAAUUAACAGACGAAGAGAAAGAGCGUAUACAACAAGUUUUGGCUAGAGCGCGUCUAGUUGAAAUGAAAGAAGGUGAACGUAUAACAAAACUUCAAAUUGAACUGAAGCGUACGGAACAGGAUGUUAGAAGGCGUGUUUCCUUAUCGAAUCAAGAUGUAACAAAACAGGUAAACAACUGCACAUUAUGCGAACAGACUCCGUCACCAAUUUGUCAACGCGGAAAUGAACAGUCUAGCUUAGAAUGGAGAGUAUGCCAAGAUUGUCAAAAUUCUUUCUGUCCUAAUUGCAUUGUACAAAUUGGCAAAAGCUUAGACACUGAGAAGUUUUGGUUGUGUAAAUUAUGCCAGAAGAAACGUCAACUUGUUGCAAGUUCCGGUAGUUGGCUUCAAGGUCUUGCAAAAACUGAUAAUAAACAGACAAAAACAAUACAAAAAAUAUUAAGGAAGACACAUGGGAUCACAAGAACAGCUUCCUACUCUCAAUAUGAAGAUUUAAUUGAUCAGGUUAGUUUAGAUGAGUUAAGUGUGACUAGUGGUCAAGAAGAACAUGAGGAUGAAGAAGUAGAAGAUGAAAGAGAUGAAGUUGAUGGAAGACAUGAACAACUGCAAGAUAUACUGCAGACAAGUGGUGAAUUUUCUAAAACUCAAAUAAACAUAUCACAAACAAAGAAUAUCACUCUGAGAAGAGCUUCAGAACAAAUUGGUAUUAAAGAUAACAAAAAUAUGACAAGACGAUUAAAUGAUUUGAAAAAUGUUGUUCAGUCUAUAAAUACGGAAACCAGUAAAAUGCCAAUGAAUCAACAGCCUGAUAUACACAUUAUUGAUAAUGAAAAUGAUGCCAAUAAUAACAAUGAUCAAAUAACUAGUCGUGAAGAUCGUGUACAUUUAUAUUUCACGAAACAAAUUAGUGAAAAUGUCGAUGAGAUUGACGACAUGUCAGAUAAGGGAGAGCAGAAUUAUAAAUCUUAUCACCAUUCUGAGUCUACUACAAAUACUGCAUAUAAUAGUCACAAAGAACCAUUUUUAUGUGUUAAUAAACCAUCAAAUGUUGCUCAUUCUGAUCGACUGGAAACGUUUGAUGACGUCGACAGCGCUGUUUCGUCAAUCAUUAUAGAUGAAAAAGUAGGUGAAGAUAAGAAUUAUGCUCAAACAAGUUGUACACAAAUUUCCUAUAAUGAUCAGUCCUUAAACUCAAUGCAAACAGUCUCAUCAUUUAGUCAUGUAUCAUCCACUGAUAUUUGUCAGGUCACUCCUAAACACAUUAUAUCAUCGGUUGAACCUAAAAAUCACUGUAACUUAAUCAGUAGUUCUAAAACAAAAGAUAUAGGUAAAUAUGAACAAAUCAUUCACGAUAGUUCAGCGUAUGAAUACGAAAGUACAAUAGAUUAUAACAGAUAUGUCGAUUUUGAUUCAUUUCACUUCUAUCCUCCUGACUAUACAAACUUUAAUGAACUGGAUGCUUUCGAUGCAAACUCACUAAUGAAUCAAAAUAUUCACUGUAUACAAGAUACAAAAAUAUCUCCAGUAAAUAUUCAACAAGAUUAUAACAUUGACUUAAUGGAUGAUAAUCAUAUUCUAAUAGAAGAAGAAUCUAAGAUUAAGAAGUUACGGGACAGUACACAAUACCAAAAUGAUCCGACAAUUUUUGGUCUAAUUAUCCCUCAAUCCAGUAAUGAUGAUAAUGAAGAAGAAGAUUAUAUCAGUAAAAGUGAAGAUGAAUUCAUUCAAGACAAUGAAACAGAUUCAAAGAGAUUAUCAAAACAUUUAGAUGCAAUCAACGUGAAGAAUGAAUGUAGUAAUUAUUUAAGUUCACAAUUAAUCGAUUAUUAUAUGCGUAGGCAAUCAUAUCCAACAUCGAAUGAUACCGAAAUUUCUUCAACAAUAUCAUCAAAACUAUCAUCAAGACGAGAAAGAUAUUUAAUAUCUCAGUUUAGUUAUUUCGAUCAAAAUGAAUAUGAUUUUGAUGAUACAGAUGAUGUUUCCACAUUAACAUUCCUUGAAGAUCAACAUAACACGCCUAUUAAAUCACAGUCAAAUCGACCUGAACAUGAUAAAUUGACAUCAACAAAUAUGGAUUUAAUAUUCCCUUACAGUUUAGAAGAACCAUGGGAUUAUGCUGAAGACUUACGUAAAAUAGAUGAGGAUAUCUACAAACGUACGACUCCACCAGAUACUACUACUACUACUGAUGGUAUUGUAAGUAGCAUAACUAGUUUAGACAAACAUAACAUUAUCAAUUCUGGUAUAUCAACAAAUGUAGCAUCAAAUGAUAAUUACUAUACAGACAACGUUAUGCGUUCAUCAUUUAGUGAUUAUGAAAAUGUACAUAGCUUGGAUAAACAAAGUGUAAAUAUGUCACAAUUUCAUACCGUUGAACGUUCAAUGAAUGAAUUAUACUUAAAUUGGUUAAAUGAUUUAAAUAUGAGUUAUUAUAGAGAUCAACAGGAUAACUUGACAAAAAAUGAUUACAAUGUAAAGACUAAUGAUUACAAUUACACAGAACUCCCAUUUAGUGAUCAUAACACUUCACAGUCUAUUACAAGCAACCUAGUAACUUCAGAAGCAUCCAUUACACCGUCUAGUACUAGUAAUUCCAAGGCUAUUAUCGCUACAACUUCUUCCACUACUGAACAGAAUGUUAUAUUGAAACGUUGUCCAAAUUUUGAAAAUAUUAGCUGUUUAUCCAGUGGUAGUGAGAUUGAUUUAACACAGCAUGACAGUGAUGUAUAUGGAACAUCGAUGAAUGUAUCUGACAUGAAUGAGGAAAAGGAAGACAUUGAAAUAAAUAACGACAAACCAAUGAAAGUAUGGGGUCGAGAAUAUAGAGAUAAACUACAAACGGUUGACCCUUCCACCUGCUUAACCAAUAUAUACAAUAACAUACAACCAGAGCUAGACAUUUGGUCAAAUCUUUUCAAUACCUCAGAGAUUGUUGUUGAUACAGCCAGAGAGAUAUCCGCUCAGUUGAAUUUUUUAAGUUCAUUAGAAGGAAGUGAACGUGAAGAAGCAGGAGGGGAUGGAAAAGAAAGAGAAAGGGAGAUAAUAACACAUCGAAUUUCACACAAAGAUGAUGACAACAGAACAGAAAUGUUAACAGAUCAGAUGUUGGCAACAGUAGCAACAACAACAACUGUGACGUCAGUAACAACACCAGAAAGUAGUCAUCAACACAUUUCGUGCAAUGAAGACGUACGUUUUAUAAGGUUAUUAAUUGUCUCAUUACAAAUUUUAAAAUUGUUAUAACUUAUUGUUUAAUUUUAGUGUGAUAUCACGUUCAUGAAAAGUGGAUCUUUAUAUAAUCUAGAAGUGACCAAUCAGGUUUGUACAGCGUAAAUCUUUAACCACUUGUAUGAACUUUAAGCUUUGAAGUCUAUCUUUCUGUUUACUACUGUUCCAAGAAUUUGAAUGGAGGUGAAGUGAUCGUUAAUGUCAUGUGUAACAGUAGUAGAUUACAAUGGCUAAUAAGAUAUAAUAAUUGCCUUGCUUCUAAGCCUGAACAAAGUGCUUUGCAUUACUUUGGGGUUUUAUUCGAGUGUUUUGACACUAAGCUGCCACAAAGCACACAAAAGAUGUGCAUAUAUUCUCUAGUAUAAUAUAGGUAUGAAUUACAGGCACCAGACAUUUAAAGGUGUUGAUAUGUUAGUCACCUUUCCGUUAUGGUACCGCAGUCAAAAAGCCAUACAGAGAAGAAUCACUAAAAAAUAGGUAGUGUAUACGCAUAAUUAACUGUUAAAUUGAUGAACUACAAGCAACUGGAAUCAUCAUAUAGUAAGUUAAGCCUGGCUUUGGCUCACUUAAUUCCUUUUACUUUGACUGUUUAAAUGGUAAAUGGCGAUAAAUUAGACCACGUUGUUCAUUAUUAUUAUUAUUAUUUCUUUCUUGGGUUCCUAAUGGAACAUAGGGCUUCACUAGCACGUCUCCAGUGCACUCUGUUCUCUGCAAACUUUUGAACAUGGCUCCACGACUGCUCAAAAGUUCUCAUUUCUUCCUCACACGAUCUCCUCCAUAUCACCCUCAGCUCAGACGCCCAACUCAGCUUUUCCCAUCUGGGUUCCACUCGACGACCUGGACUGGCAUGUGAUGUCCUCAGUUGGCCUUCUCAGUGUAUGCCCAAUCCAUCUCCACUUCCCUCUGCAUUUUGUUAAGUGAUAGGUACUUGGUUGGUUCGUUAUCAGGCCAGAAUUCCUCUUUCCUUAUUCUUUCUGCCCAUCUGAUCUUCAGUAACGAGCCAGAGCAGGCAGUUGUUGAGGAAUAUGUGUAGUUUGUUGGAAAUCCCUUUCGUGACGCGCCAAGUUUCUGAACCAUAUAGUAGCACUGACUCGACUGAAUUGGUGUUGAAAAUCCACAUCUUUUUCCACAUACCGAGUGCAGAAGAUCUCCACACUGGUUUCAGGCUAAUGAACGCCUAUCUUGCUGUCUUUCUGAUCCUAGCUUUGACAUCCUCAUUUUUGCCAUCACCUCCUGUAGUUGAGACAGUGCUGCCUAUGUAGGUGAAAGAGGCUACUUCCUUUAGGUUUCUACCGCUGAUGGUGAUUGCAGCUUGUUGUAGUUGUUGGUGGUGUUGGUUGGGUAUCAUCAUCACCUCUGUCAUCUCUAUAUUCACUUGAAGUCCCGUCUUCGCUGCCCUGCCUACUCUGUCAACUUGUUAGUUUUCGCCUAUAGAUCUUCAAGUUUGUGUGAAAUUAGAAAUAAGUCAUCGGCAAAAUCCAAACCUCCUGGGUUAUUUCCAGUGGUCAAACAGCGUAUGCCCCUCUUCUCACAGCUACUCACUGUUUGUUGCAUGAUGCAGUCUACUGCAAUCACGAAGAUCAUCGGUGAUAGUAGACAGUCUUGUUUCACUCCGGUCUUCACUUCACUUCAGAGGCAUCACUAAGCUUCCCAUUGUGAAUUACUUGGCAUAUGGCGUCUUCAUAUAGUUGUUGAAUGAGGUUGAUAAAUGUUUGUGGUAUUCCGUGGUGUUGAAGCAACUGUGAAAUUACUUCUCGGCUGACGCUGUCAAAGACCUUUUCAAAGUCGAUGAAGUUGAGGUAGAGAAUUGACUGCCAUUCUGUACUCUGUUCUAUGAUGAUGCGUAGUGCAGCGUUGCAAUUUGAUCCGCACAUGAUUUGUACUUUCUGAAUCCAGCCAGCCUGUUCUGGUCAUAGUUUUGAAUCCAGCGCAUCCUUUAGUCGCUCCAGGAUGAUGCGGCCUAAUAUUUUGCUUGCUUCUAGUGGACAGGAGUGGAGCGUGAUUCCUCGCCAGCUCUUGCAAACAUACAUGAUAAUAAUACGUGCAUAAAUGUCAUUGUUAUUCACUAUUAAUUUUGAGGCCAAGGCUAAGAUAUGAAUGUAUGUGUACAAGACAACUAACACUCUCAAGAUUGCUUUACUCAACCUAAAAGAUAGAAUAUUUUUUAACUCCACACGGAAUUGUCUACAGAUUAAGUUGUGUCGAUUGUGAUACCUACAAUAUUGGGGGCUCAUCCCGCCAAAGAACAUGUAAGUUGCACAAAAUGAAAGCCAAAUAAUACUGUAGAAGUAGAGAGUUUACAAAUUAACUCAGGAAUCGCUCUUCACAUAUUCUAUCAUAGUCACUAAAUUGACAUU